AUGGAAAACACCGUAGCUGCAACGCCUGCGCCAACUGAUAGCAAUAGAAAGUCAACUCUACAUACCUACCGCUACGUGACAGAAGAGGGAGUAAAGCACGUUUUAAAGUAUGGAUAUAGUGGAAGUGAUGCUUCACUUUUGUACAACAACAUAAUCUCUCCGCUGGCUCAGUGGCUCGUGGAUCAUGUAUUGUCGCCGCGAUUGGCACCUAAUGCAAUUACUAUUGGUGCACUGUCGCUUGUCAUCUUGUCCCACGUAACUAUGUUCUGGUAUUCUCCAAACAUGAUGGAAGAAGCGCCGCGCUGGGUCUACGCUUAUGCAGGAUUGUCGCUGUUAUCAUACCAAAUCUUAGACGUGGCAGAUGGUAAGCAAGCACGUAAGACAGGAAACUCGUCGCCACUUGGACUGCUAUUCGACCAUGGGUGUGAUGCACUUAAUGUGGUUAUAAGCUCAUGCACAUUUGCUUCGACGAUCAUGCUUGGACCGACUCACUGGUCUCUAUUGAUUUUCCUGGCACCUGCAAUGGUCUUCUUCAUGGCGACUUGGGAAGAGUACUACACAGGCACGUUGGCGCUUCCAGUUGUCAACGGACCGAACGAGGGUUUAUUUGUCAUGUAUUCAAUCUACUUUGGCACUGCUGUCUUUGGUCCUGCUAUGUGGACGCAACCAAAUGCUUUAUUUCCACAGCUUAAAAACAACCACGUGUUUGUUUUAUUUACGAUUACAAGUGCAAUUGGCCAGUGCUUCAUAAGUGCUGUAAUUGCUAUUCGCUCUAUGGAACGGAAAGCAAAAGAUGGCGCUGCCGCGCUCUUCGGUAUCACACCUUUCAUUGCACUUAUUAUAUUGUCUGCAUUUUGGGUGCUGUGGUCACCGUCUGAUGUGUUCACGGAUCACCCACGUCUCCUUAUCUGGACAGUGGGGCUUGUUUUCGCCAAGAUGGUGAUGCACAUGAUGCUUUCACACAUGUGCGAGGAGCCGUAUUGGCUGCUCCGUAAGACAUUUUUGAUUCAGCUUGUUGUAUCCUUUCUGCUUGUGGCUGGCAUUGUUCCAUGGGGACACGAAAGCUCAGUUGUGGAGCUCUUUUUUGUGAUUUCUUUGUCGGCUUAUGUACAUAUGAUUUACUUUUUGUCAACGGAGCUUGCCGCGAUUCUCGGAAUUCGUAUCUUUAAAGUAAAGCAGAGAUAG